AUGUCAGAUUGUCAGUUUGAUCCACGACAUCACGCCAAGGGAUUUUUGGGGGAGAUAUUUGCCUGCUUCACUCACUGGAGCUACGAAUAUCAUGGCAGACAUGCUCUGAUCUGUGGCUUCCGUGGUAUUGGUGAAGUCAUCACUGAUCUUACAAUCAUGGACAAUGAACGUCCUUGGUUUCUCCACAAUACGUUUACUGGGGGAUUGCAGAGCUUUGCCUUGAAACAUCAGUGUUCGAGCGUAUGUGAUGCAAUUGGCUUGACCAAACCGCCACCGUUCUAUCCAUUGGAUGCAUGA